UCCAGAUCCUCGUAAGUCGAAUUUUGCUUUCGAUGCUGAUGGUGUAUCAGUCGUGAGAAAUUUUUUGAUUGUCGCGGUGAAGCCCGUUGUUUACACCUAAAGUGUGGAAACUCGCAAUAUUAUUUUAUUUUAUACACUAUUUAAAUUUACUGGAAAGUACGCGUCAGACAACAACAGAUUGCGCACGAAAAAUGUCGGCCGAGCAAAUAAUCGAUUUGGUGAGUGACGAAAAUGAUGAUGUGAUUGUGAUAGAUGACAGCCCAAAGAGAAGUUUUUCCGAGGACUCAUUGACGGAGGGAAACCAACAAUACCCAGACCAGGCACCAUUUGAAGCGGACGAUCAUAGCCCCGUCGAUAUGGACAUAGAAGACAUCAUUCCCAUCAAUAACCAAACCCUUGCCGAGGAGAAGAAAAAUGCUGGAAAUGAACAGUAUAAGAUCAAACGGUACGAUGCAGCACUCAAUCUCUACACGGAAGCCAUCAACCUGUGCCCAGGCUCUCCGGCUUACUAUGGCAAUCGGGCAGCUACCUACAUGAUGCUCGGGGACUACAAGUCGGCUCUGAGGGAUGCAAAACAAUCGGUUGCGCUGGACGCUAAAUUUGAGAAAGGUUACAUACGGAUCACCAAAUGCUGUCUGCUGUUAGGGGACUUGGUCGGUACCGAGCAGGCAAUCAAAAAAUUUCUGGAGCUGGAUCCUGCUAACCAGAGUCUCAAACAGGAGCUGCAAAGUUUGAAACAGUUGCGCGAUCUUAAUGAGAAAGCUGCCAGCUGCUACGACAGACAGGAUUACCGGACGUGUUUGUACCACUGUGAUAAUGCUAUCAAAAUUGCACCGGGCAGCAUACACUACAAGCUGUUGAAGGCAGAAUGUUUGGCCAUGCUUGAGCGGUUCGAUGAAGCCGGAGAUAUUGCGAUCAGUAUAAUGCACUCAAAUUCAACUAAUGCUGACGCGAUUUAUGUGCGUGGACUAACGCUUUACUACAGUGACAAUCUGGAGAAGGGUUUGUUACAUUUUGAGCGCGCUCUGCAGCUGGAUCCAGAUCACAAGAAGGCAAAAUUGAUGAGAAUCAAAGCGAAGCAGUUGAAGGAACGCAAGGAAAGGGGUAAUGAGAUGUUCAAGGCUGGAAAAUUUAGAGAAGCGCUUGCUGUUUACACGGAAGCGCUCACGUUGGACCCGAUGAACAAAGACAUUAACAGCAAACUGUACUAUAAUCGGGCAUUAGUCAACUCGAAGCUCAGCAAUUCGCAGGAUGCCAUUACCGAUUGUACCUGUGCUUUGCAGUUGAAUGAAAAGUAUAUGAAGGCACUGCUGCAAAGAGCGAAGCUUCAUUACGGUAUGGAGAAUUUUGAAGAGUGUGUCAAAGACUACGAGAAGGCUCUUAAGUUUGAGAAAACUAUAGAAAUUAAGAACCUACUGAAGGACGCCAAACUUCAAUUGAAGAAAUCAAAACGUAAAGAUUACUAUAAAAUAUUGGGAGUUUCAAAACAGGCUUCGGAGGAUGAGAUCAAAAAAGCAUACCGCAAGCGUGCAUUGGUGCAUCAUCCGGAUCGUCACGCAAAUUCUUCCGAUGAUGAAAAAAAGGAGCAGGAACGCAAAUUCAAGGAAGUUGGGGAAGCAUACACUGUUCUUUCUGAUCCAGUGAAAAAAUCCCGGUAUGAUAACGGAUACGAUAUUGAAGAUCUCGAUCAGUCGGAUGUUGAUCCCCAGCAGAUGUUCCGACAAUUUUUCCAGUUCCAAGGUGGUGAUGCUGGUUUUGGAGGUUUUGGAGGAGGUGGCAGUAACUUCACUUUCCGCUUCGGCUAAACAAAUGCUGAAUUUGAUGGACAGCAGUAUAGAUAACUACGCGACAAAGCAGAAAUCAUAGUCGAUAGUGUAAAGUUAUGUUUACUAUUACCUACCGUCACAGACAAUGUGGCUGUGUUCCAUUUCGCCUUUUAGUUAUCCAGUUUGACAUUCGAAUAUUUCAAAUGUAAGAGGUGUACGUCUAAAGAGAUGACCACUUUAUAGGAAAUUAAUUAGUUUUCACACAUCCACUUGAUUUGAUAAAAACAAAAAACCUACACCCGGCAAAACUUUGCAUGUUUUGAACAAAAACACCUCUUUUCGAGCUCAAUCAUUUGCUUCAAAUAUCUUUUUAAUUUGAACAAAAUAUUUUUGAUUUUUACUCAAAAAUGUAUUGAAAAGGAAACGAUACAGUAUAUUGAGGCACUAUUUCGUUAAUUGGCAUCAAUGUGUUUGCUUCAUGCUUUCAAGCAAAGCAAAACUUCGAAUCGAAUUCACCACUAGUCAAUGCGCGUUGAAUAACAAUAGACACCGAUCAAAGUGACGAGUGCAGACGGGUAGCAAACAUGGCGAAAAUGAGCUUAACAGUCUAUUCAACCGUUAUUCCCUGCGUGUAGCAACGCAUGUUUAAACAAUGAAACAACUAACUGGAAACUAGUAGAUUCGAAUCCUUGUUAAACGACACGGAUCGAUGUGCAUGUGCGCACCUAACCUAAAAUUUAUUCAUCGUGUAUCAAAAUAGAGAAAAGUUGGUCUGAUGCGGCGUAAAUCUUGGUAGAGUUGAUUUCGUUACUAAGACAAUUCGAAGCAACCUAUACGAAUAAAACAAUAUUAUCACAA